CUGAGAACAACCGUCGUCAGGAUAACGUGGAAGACGACCACCUCACAAUUCCUCCGUACUGGCAAUGGCGGCCGCGCCUGCAGCCGCGGCACUCCGACCCCACCUUUCCCUUCUCUCGGCUGGCGGCGGAAUCCCCAACCCCACGCUCCAAACUCUAUCCUUCGUUGCCCCCCUCCUCCUCCGCCGCCGCUGCCGCCGCUGCCGCCGCCGCAGCAGCGUCGUUCUCUCCAACGCCUCCUCGUCGCCCCCGUCCCCCCCUCCUUCGCCGGAGAAGGAGGUCGAGGCGGCUCCGACGGCGGAGUCGUGCGUCAACCUCGGCCUCGAGUUCUUCUCCAAGGGCAGAGUGAGGGAUGCACUUGAACAAUUUGACAAUGCCCUAGAGCUGAAUCCAAAUCCUACCGAAGCCCAAGCAGCGUUCUAUAACAAGGCAUGCUGCCAUGCGUACAGGGAAGAAAGCAAAAAAGCUGCAGAGUGCUUGAGAAUAGCUUUGCGAGAUUACAAUCUCAAAUUUGGUACAGUACUUAAUGAUCCAGACAUGGCGCCAUUCAGGGCAUCGCCAGAAUUUAAGGAACUUCAAGAAGAGGCAUUGCGUGGUGGAGAAGAUAUUGGUUCUGGGUUCCGAAGAGAUCUAAAGCUCAUUAGUGAAGUACAGGCACCAUUUCGUGGUGUCCGGAGGUUCUUUUAUGUGGCGUUCAUUGCAGCAGCUGGAAUUUCAACAUUCUUCACCAUUCCCAGACUUAUAUUUGCACUUCAAGGUGGUGAUGGUGCUCCAGAUUUUCUGGAAACGGCUGGCAAUGCUGCCAUUAAUAUUGGAGGUAUUGUCGUGCUCGUGGCUUUGUUUUUCUGGGAAAACAAGAAAGAAGAAGAGCAGAUUACAAAUAUCUCUCGUAAUGAAACCCUUUCAAGGUUACCUGUGCGUCUGUCAACCAAUCGCAUAACUGAACUUGUGCAACUCCGGGACAUUUCUAGGCCAGUUAUAUUGGCAGGUUCAAAGGCAUCUGUUACUCAAGCAAUGCAAAGAGCUGAGAGGUACCGAACUGAUCUGCUCAAACGAGGCGUUCUUCUAAUUCCUGUGAUCUUUGGUGCUUCACUAAAAGUCCAAGGCAAACCAAAAGGCUUCGGUACUACAAGAUCUGCUGCAUCAGCUCCUUCAAUUGGGGGUGACUUUGAAAAACGUACUGAAUCUAUUGCGGCAAAAUCACGACUCAGAGCUGAGGUUCGAUUUAAAGCUGAUAUUGUCUCUCCAGAACAAUGGGAAAGUUGGAUACGUGACCAGCAAGAAUCUGAAGGUGUCACUCCUGGUGAAGAUGUCUACAUAAUUCUCCGUCUUGAUGGUCGUGUGAGAAGAUCUGGAAGAGGCAUGCCAAACUGGAACGACAUUUUGAAGGAAUUGCCACGUCUUGAAGAUUUGCUCAGCAAACUUGAACGAUGAAAAAGACGUGUAUACGGGUGUAGUUUUCUUCUUCAUGCCCUUUAUCUUUGUGAAGACCGGAACACUAUUUCGUUGCACAGGGAUUGAACAUCCUGUUUCGUAAGAUUUCAAUGUAGCUUCUUUUCAGUUCUCCUUGCUAUGCGAAAACCAAGGUGGAUGCCUUAUUUCUCUAUAAGAAGUGAGGUCCUUGUGUGCCAGAUAAGAACAUGUACACAAGAUUGUAAUUACAGCAGAGGAUAUAUUAACAAACCAAGAAUUGGCUCUGUUUUUUUUGUUGUUGUAAAAGACGAAAGGUCCCAAGCAAAAAUACAAAGGUGAACAUGGUUAUCCAAAAGUUCUGAAUUUUGAGGGUAUCAAAUUUGAUCAA